UCUUCCUGCAAAGCGACCAAACCCGCAUCCGUGAGCGCAAGGGAGAGAAAGGAGCAGAGGAAGAAGAAGAGGAGGAGGAGGAGAAAAUCAGAGGGGGGGCAUUGCAACGUUCAUCCGAGCUCAUUUUUUUUCUUUCUUCCCAAUACAUGGCGCAAGGGCUACUACACAAACGGGACCGUCCUGGGUGUGAUCCUGCCACGGUGAAUUUGGAUACCCGAGCAGCAGCAGCAGCAGCAUCAGCGGCGGCGGCAGCAUCAGCAGCACUGUCCUCCUCCUCCUCCAUCAGCAUCCCCGGCUGCGGCGGCGCCCACACCGACUCCCAGUCCUCCUCCUUCUUCUGCCGGCUCUAUGUCGAGUGAUGGUCAGCUUGCCUUGCUGGAUGCUCCCCGCUCUCUCCGGAUCGUCGACGACCGAGCCUCCUCUGACCGCAGACCCCCAUUUUCGGUGGAAACCUGCCCAGAGCUAUAAGGCUCCAUAUGGAAACUGGAGAUCAAAAUUUUAGGAAAAAGGAAAAUCUGAGCGGUUAAUUUUAUUUAUUUUUAUUUAUUUAUUACCUCAUUCUUAUUGUUUCUUAUGUUUUAGGUGACAUCUGUUUUUCUGGCCUGAUAAUGAAUGAAUUUAAUGGUUGAGUCUUGAUUCCCUCAUCCCACCUUGUUGAUUUGUGAAAAGAUUUUGGUGUUACAAAACAUCCAGGGAAGAGAUUUUAUUUCCACGCAGGACUUGAAUCGACUCAUUUUGUUAACUCUCUUCUGUUAAAAUGAGAGAAUUGGCUUCCGUCAUUCGUUUAUGACCCUCAACUGACUAAUAAGCCCCCACCUAGAAUAUAAAAUAUUCUUAACAAUUAUUGCCUACUAAUAUUCCUCCUUAGACCAGCUUUGGCUCUAGAUCUGGGUUCUGACAGUAAACGCAGCAUUCUAGCCUUUGACUAAAGUAAUAUUGAACUGUUGUACUGUAAGCCUGCCAUUUCCCUCAUCAUCUCUCUGCUCCAUCUGAGCUCAUGUAAAUUCAGCUCUAGCCUUUGAUAAACAGGUUGUCCUCUUUUUUCUCCGGGCCUGCAGAGAGCAAACCAUCUCUUUUGUUUCUCUCGUCUUCAUUCAGCCUCUCCAGGCUUUAACUGAUCUGCGAUAGCUCAGUGUUUUUACCCACAUUCGCAGCUUUUCUCUCUGCGAGCGGCUGUAGCGUGGGCUACCUCUGCAGCUACAGGCCAUCAGCUGUAUCCCUUUUUUAUUUUUCUGCUUCUUCUUUUUUUGUCACUGGAAAGGUGAAAGCUACCAAAGAGGAAAGACAUUUCCUUCUCUUCCUCUCCCUUUUCCCCAAAUAAAGCAACAAUUGAGUUGGAUUUUUUUUCUCUUUUUGAGGUCCUCACCCAAACGCAACCAUAAGGUUCCUACCGCAUCCUCCUCCUCCUUCCUCCCUCUCCUUCCGCUCGAGUCUAACCCGUUUUUUCGGUUUGGUUUGGUCCCGCAAAUUUUCAAAUAUUUACUUCCUGUACAUCAAGAGGAAAGGGGGUCCCCCUUUCAUGGAAUGCGGAAACAUGGGUCUGUUCGACCGCGGAGUCCAGAUGCUGCUGACCACGGUGGGCGCCUUCGCGGCCUUCAGCCUCAUGACCAUCGCGGUCGGCACGGACUACUGGCUGUACUCCCGAGGCGUCUGCAGGACCAAGUCCAUGAGCGAGAACGAGACCAGCAAGAAGAACGAGGAGGUGAUGACCCACUCGGGCCUGUGGAGGACGUGCUGCUUGGAAGGAAACUUCAAAGGAAUGUGUAAACAGAUAGACCACUUUCCCGAGGAAACGGAUUACGAAGCAGACCCAUCCGAGUACUUCUUACGUGCGGUGCGAGCCUCCAGCAUCUUCCCCAUCCUCAGUGUCAUCCUGCUCUUCAUGGGAGGCCUGUGUAUAGCUGCCAGUGAGUUCUACAAGUCACGCCACAACAUCAUCCUCAGUGCAGGGAUCUUCUUUGUGUCUGCAGGUCUGAGCAACAUUAUCGGGAUCAUCGUGUACAUAUCAGCCAAUGCAGGGGACCCUUCAAAGAGCGACUCAAAGAAGAACAGCUACUCGUACGGCUGGUCCUUCUACUUUGGUGCCCUUUCCUUUAUUAUGGCUGAGAUGGUUGGCGUCUUGGCCGUGCACAUGUUCAUCGACCGCCAUCGACAGCUGCGAAUAGGCGCACGCGCAGCCGACUACCUCCAAGGCUCGGCCAUAACACGGAUCCCCAGCUAUCGUUAUCGCUACAGGCGCCGCUCGCGCUCCUCCUCCCGAUCCACAGACCCGUCACAUUCCCGCGACGCCUCACCCGUGGGCCUGAAGGGCUUCAGCGCGCUGCCGUCCACAGAGAUCUCCAUGUACACGCUCCCCCGGGACACCCUCAAGUCGUCCGGCACGCCCACGGCCACCUACAACUCUGAGAGGGACCACAACUUCCUUCAAGUCCACAACUGCAUCCAGAAGGACCUGAAAGACUCGAGCCACACCAACACAGCCAACCGCCGCACCACGCCGGUAUGAGAGAGAGGAAACCGGCCCGGCGGGCGAGCGCCACAGAUCAGGAGACGCAGGGAGGCCCUGUGGGAGAAGUUGGAUUUCCAUGUUUAUAGACGUUCAUUACUUUUGUUCAAAUGCAUGACUUUCCAUAGCCAUUGGUGAGAGAGUUCCAACGAGUCGGCUUCGUUCCAGGACCGAGUGGGUCAGGUGGUCCCGAGUCAGAUCUGUCAUCUUUUUGGACAGGCUUUCUUUUUGGGGUCCAG